UCUUUUAGAAUAGUCUUCUCUUUUGUAACCUUUUCCUUUUGUUAAUAAAGAGUCUAUAUUCCCUUCCGCUCAUACUCUCAACCCUUCCCCCGUGAUUUAGGUCUGGUUAUUAAAAAAUAGGAAAGAUUGCGGCUCACAAUUUGGUCUGGUUAGGUCUGGUUUUAUAAAAAUUGACCUAUGCCAAUAAUUCCUUUUCUUUGUCCCAUAUUAGGACCACCAGUAUCAAUCAAUUUACCAAUUUUGAAGACAAUUGGUACGAUAUUAUUAGUCUCGUUUCAAUUUUUGUAUGAUUCCUACGUACAUAUCAGCAUGUAUAGAUUUGUCUUGUUUCGUAUUGGCUGGUACCAUCCCUUCUUUCUAGAUGCAAGAUUUUUUUCCCCACUUGUUUGUUUCUUGUAUCCACUUCUUAACAUUGUUCCGAACAAAAAUUGUUCAUCAAUCUACAACGACAUUAAUACAUAUCAAAAUAAAAUGAUAUAAUCGAUGACCUUAACUUCAGUAAAACGAUGUAAGAAUCCACUGUAGCAGAGCAAUGCUGGGUAGAGAGAGCCUUGAAUGCUUGGUAAGUUUGCCAGAACAUAGCCAGGCCAAAUCAUCCAUCGCAGCUAUAAAAUUAAGGGUAAACUACAUUGGUAGUCACCCAAGUAUGAUCUUUUUUUUCUUUUUUGAUCACUCAAGUAUGAAAAGUUAUAAAACAGUUAAUUGUUCAAUUGUUUUUUUUAAUUGCUCAAUUAUCUGGAUUUUUGGGUGCUUCCAUUUCUACAUUAGCCAACUGUUGGCCAUAAAAGACAAUUGAAUAGUUAGAUGAUCAUUUUGUAAUUUUUCAUAAUUGGGUGACCAAAAAAGAAAAAGGAAACCAUAGUUGGGUGAUCUGUACUGUAAUUUGCCCUAAUAUUAAUAGCUAACUUGCAAUAUGCAUACACGACUGAUUCACCAUCUCCAAGCCCUUGGUCAAGCUUGACAGCUGAGUAUAUUUUACAAAUAUUGCAUGAAAAAAAGCUUUGAAAUGUGUCAUACUACAGUUUUAUCCCCACCCUUUUCACCUACAACAUUAAUUUCUGGUGAAGCAAUCAUAAAUGUCCAAUAAGAUCGAAGCUUUUGGCAUCCCAAGGAAAUAUCAGUUGUAACCUAGUCAGCAUCAUCAUUCCCUCAUAAAAUUCAUAAUACAGUUGAUUCAUAGUCCCCCUUCCCCCCAAGUCCCUUGGUGAAACCCUUUUUUUAGACAUGGAAGAACUGAGAAUUCAAGAAAGGGAUCAUGUUGUCAAUGGUGAUCAACAACAUGAAUUUGAUAUCAGAAACAAUCCAAACUCACAAACUAUAUCUGAUGUGUUAAAAUGUUGUUUCAUCAAAUUGUUGGUAGAUGGCAUGGAUAUGGUGUUGAAAGAUGCAAAAUCAAGGAAAAUCAAUGGCCUUAAUUCUUCACUAGAGGAAUUUAGUUUCCAUUGUAAGGAUUCAUGGAAACAUGAACAUGUCAAUAUAUCUAUAGGGGGCUAUACUGAAUUCCUCAUGAAUUUUCUUACUUUUCCUCCAGUUCUAUGAUCAAAUUGGUGGGGUUUCAACUUAAUCUUUUAGUCACCUUUUUCACAUUCCCUAUAUGGUUUUCUUACUUUGCUUUCAUGUCUUUGAUGUUUCCAUUACAUGCUGUAAAGAAAAUCAUUGAGAAAAUUGUUCACAAUGUUGAAUUAAACUAACAAAACUGUUAAAGCCAAAGCAGUGAACUUGGCAACUAAGUCCAUUUCAACUCUAAACUUGAAAAAUGAAAAAGUUUCAUAAGGUGGCAUUUUGUUUUAAAAUAAUUUUAUGUGAUGACAGGGUACAAUCUCAUAGUGUUACAUCAUCAGAAAUCUUGAUGGAAUCCAAGUUUAGGGACCAAAAUAUACUUAGUUGCCAAAUUCAGGUGGCAAAGUGAAAAAAAAAGGUACAAGUACGAAAGUGAAUCUAAUUGCUAAGGUCAGGGAGUGAAAGUUAUAUUAAUCCUUUUUUAACGCAAACGAAAAGAUGCUCUACCAACUGGAAAAGGUCAAGUUUUGCUCUUCAAAGCCCAAUUUCAAAGCCCACCCGUCCUACCGUUGCUCGAAAAUUGGAAAUUUGUAGUGGGGGUUUUUGCAGGAAGCCUUAAACCCAGAAAAUUGAGCUGAUUUUUUUUCCCUUCUUUUUUGAGGUGAUAUUUUGUAAGGCUACCUUACUGAUAGACAGUAGCAGCUUCAAAGUUCUAGACCAAUGCUCCAGACACUAUCGACAGCGUCAUCAUUAUGGAAUCCAUCUCAGAGGAGUGCAUGUUUAGAAAUCGUGGAAUUUCAGAGGUCUCAAUUAUCAUCUCUGAGUCCGUGUCCUUUUUAUUUGAAGUUUGGGAGCAAAUCAGUUCAGAAAGGUAGAGCACUUGUUUCAGGAACUUUUCCAUAUGCCUGUCAGAGGCCUAAACAGUACCCUGCCAGCAAGAAGCCAGGGGAAUAUCCCCAAAAUAUGGAUCUUCCACCAGUACUGCCUAAGAAAAAGAAGAAACCUUAUCCUAUUCCUUUCAAAGAGAUCCAGAAAGCUGCAAGGAAGGAUAAGAAACUUGCUGAGAGGGGUGUAGAGAAGCCACUUCAGCCUCCUAAAAACGGAUUACUUGUUCCUGAACUUAUUCCUGUCGCAUAUGAGGUGUUAGAUGCAUGGAAACUUUUGAUUGAAGGUCUUGCACAGCUUUUGCAUGUCAUUCCUGUUUACGGUUGCAGUGACUGCUCUGAAGUUCAUGUGGCUCAUAGUGGUCAUAAUAUUCAGGAUUGCAAAGGUCCAAGGAGCUCAAAGCGCCGUGGUUUACAUUCAUGGGUGAAAGGUUCCAUCAAUGACAUUCUUAUCCCCAUAGAAUCAUAUCACCUUUAUGAUCCUUUUGGCCGGCGCAUCAAGCAUGAAACACGGUUUGACUAUGACAGGAUUCCUGCUGUUGUAGAGCUAUGCAUCCAAGCCGGUGUGGACAUCCCAGAGUACCCUUCACGACGAAGAACCAAUCCCAUCAGAAUGAUCGGAAAGAAAAUAAUCGAUCGUGGCGGAUACGUUGAGGAGCCUAAGCCAUGGCGUGCAGUGGAUCCAUCCUCUUCCUCAAUUAUAGAUCUUGACACAUGUGGAGCUUGCGAGCGAUUUCCACCUCCCUCACCCGAAGAUGUACCCAUCAUUGCACAGGAAACAAUGAAUGCACAUGAGACAGUUCAGACAGGUGUUACGAAGUUGAUGAAGAAGUACACGGUGAAGGCAUGUGGAUAUUGCUCGGAAGUCCAUGUAGGGCCAUGGGGUCACAAUGCUAAACUUUGCGGAGAAUUUAAGCACCAGUGGAGGGACGGGAAGCAUGGUUGGCAGGAUGCCACGGUCAGUGAAGUUUUCCCACCAAAUUAUGUGUGGCAUGUUCAAGACCCAAAGGGACCUCCCAUGAGAAGUGCAUUGAAGAGAUAUUAUGGCAAGGCUCCUGCUGUGGUUGAACUUUGCAUGCAAGCUGGAGCUCAAGUACCUCGCAGAUAUAAACCUAUGAUGAGGCUUGACAUUAUAGUCCCUGAAAGUGAGGAGGCCAGCUUAGUUGCAUGAUCUUCAGGUUUAUUGAUAAUCCAUUUUUGGUGCUUUGUAUCUUUUUUAACUUUGUAUAAUUUGUUCAUAUUCUUAUUCCAAUGUACCUAACCAAAGAUGAAGAAGCCAUAUUCAUUACUUCAUUUUUA